AUGUGUCCUGCGUGGCUAAUGGUGGCGGUGGUGGUUGUGGGCGUGGCCAGAGGAGCUGUCAGUCAGUGCUGGGAGCACCCGAGCUGUCAGGAGCUGAACUCUGAGAGCAGCAUGCUGGAGUGCAUCCAGCUCUGUCACUCCGACCUCACCGCCGAGACCCCCAUAAUCCCCGGCAGCGCCCACCUCCAACCUCCGCCUUCAUCGGACCCCUCCUCCUUCAGCCUCCCGUCCUCCUCCUCCUCCCCUCAGGCCAAACGCUCCUACUCCAUGGAGCAUUUCCGCUGGGGGAAGCCCGUCGGCCGAAAACGCCGCCCAAUCAAAGUCUACACCUCCAACGGCGUGGAGGAGGAGUCCGCCGAGGUUUUCCCCGCAGAGAUGAGGAGGCGGGAGCUGGCCAGCGAGCUGCUGGCAGCAGCCGAGGAGGAGGAGAAGGCUCAGGAGGCGAUGGAGGAGGCGGAGGAGGAGCAGCAGCAGCUUCUCGGGGACAUGCAGGAGAAGAAAGACGGUCCGUACAAGAUGAAGCACUUCCGCUGGAGCGGCCCGCCGGCCAGCAAGCGCUACGGCGGCUUCAUGAAGAGCUGGGACGAGCGCAGCCAGAGACCCCUCCUCACGCUCUUCAAGAACAUCAUCAACAAGGACGGGCAGCAGCAGAAGUGA